AUUAUGAUCGAACCCACUUGGGUCCAUCCUGAUGGCAGGGAGUGAGCUGAAGCUUCUGGGCAGAUGGUCGAGCCCUUUUUCGAUGAGGGCGAAGAUUGCUCUGAACAUCAAAUCACUUGAAUUUGAAUACUUCGAAGAGCACAUGAACCCCAAGAGCGAUCUUCUUCUUCAAUCCAAUCCAGUUUACGCCCUAAUCCCAGUUCUUAUCCACCGUGGCAAACCCAUCUGCGAAUCCCUCAUUAUUGUCGAAUAUAUCGACGAGAAUUGGUCCUCUGGCCCCUCCAUCCUCCCCUCCGACGCUUAUGAUCGCUCAACCGCUCGAUUCUGGGCUGCGUACAUCGACCAGAAGUGGUUUCCCUCAAUGAAAAGCAUCAUAACUGUGGAAGAUGAGGAGUCAAGAAAGCCAUACUAUGAGACAAUGGACGAAGUGGUUGGGAGGAUGGAGGAUGCGUUUGGGAAAAUCAGCAAAGGAAAACCCUUUUUUGGUGGAGACCAGAUUGGAUUCAUUGACAUUGCUUUUGGAAGCAAUCUGGGCUGGCUCAGUGUUGUAGAAACUUUGUAUGGACGAAAGUUUCUUGUAGAGGAAAAAGCUCCUUCUCUGGUGAAAUGGGCUGAGAGAUUUGCUGCUGAUCCUGCUGUGAAUGGUCUCAUACCUGAAACUGAUAAACUCAUAGAGCUUGCCAAGUUCCUUCAGAUCAAAUGGAGAACUGCAAUUGCCAAGAAGUAGAAUUAACGGCUGUGUUUUGCUUGCUGGUGUAAAAUGUAAAUGCUCUUAUGCUGUUGUUGUAUGGCUAAAUAAAAUGGUGAUACAUUAUUUAGGGUGCUUCUUACAAGUUUUUCUUGAAUUUUCUUCUCUUUUGGGCUGCACUGUCAUUUGUAGCAGCAAACAAGUGCUUUGGAUUUGAUUAGAUGAUUUCAGAGUCCAAUGGUUGUCUUCUCUUGCUGCCAAUUUGAAGAAAUAACAUACUAGUAUCUCCUCAAUGUACUUUUCAUAACACUGCUUCAUUACUUGAAAUUCAAAA